UAAAAGAGAAAUAUGGAUGCAUAUUAUCCAAUGAAGAUGAAAAGGAAGGAUUUGGAUGACGUGUACGAUGAAUUCUCCGAUUUUUCACUUUCCUCUCCCGCCAGAAAAAUUCGCAGACUGAUUGUUCUUUUCAAGCCUAUGGACACACCUCAUGUGCAUUCCCCUUCUAAUUUCUCUCUUAAAGUGAAUCCCCAGUUUAUUAAUGGUUUCAAAAGUCAAGUCUUCUGGGAAAACUGUGCAAAUGCAUUUAGACCAGCCGACAGUGAAGAAACGCCACAGGAUGACUCUGGUUCUGCAAAAGAGUGUCUAGCAGUUGUUCCCUGGGUUCCAUCUCAGCUUCCUUCUGCAGAAGGAGCUGAAGUCCUUGGUCAAACGGACAAUUCUGAUAUGAUGGAUGCUGAAGAUAUGGAGGGAGUAGCGAUGGAUGUUGAAGAUGAUAAUCAGAAUGCUGAACCAAGAACAACAUUUGGGGCUGGUGCAGUUAGUGUAAAUGAAGGUUUGCAUCCUUGGCAGCAACAACAUUGUAUGACGACUCAGCUACCUCAGAACACAUCGACACCUAUUGUCUGGUACCGGUAAUUGACAAAAUGGAUUAGGAUGUCGUGAUAUUGGAUAUUCUUACAACUCCCCAUGGAUCUCCUCUCGCAGGGAAGCAUCGGUUAGGUAAAAGAGGGAGAAGUAAAUAGUAGAUAAAUGUAGUGGGAUGCUGAUUGAAAUUUUUGUCAAGGUAGGAAGGCCGUUGUUUGAAAGUCAGUUAUCAUGGCUGCUAGUAUGUCGAGCAAAAAGCUGCUUGUAGUUUUCCAAUGUCUCAGCUCAAGGCGGAAAUUGCAAAUCAUUCUCCAUGUCUUGCAUAUGAUUUUUCCUUAGUUGCCAUGCCUACUUUGCUGACACUCUUGUCAUAAUAGAGAUUCUAUAAUGGUAUUAGUUGAAGAGGGAAAAAGGAAGUCCUUAGAACCUUGGUGUAAUGGCAAAGAUAGCAUAGUGCACGA